CUUUGAAACCCUAAUCGCAGAAGAAGAGGAAGAAGAGGAGAGGUUGGAGAUUUGCGACGAUGUCGUCGGCGGUGCCAUUCUGGAGAGCGGCGGGGAUGACCUACAUAGGUUAUAGCAACAUGGUGGCCGGCGCGGUGCGGAAGUGCCUCAAGGAACCCUAUCGCUCUGAGGCUGUCAACAGGGAAAAGGUUCACUUCACAAUCUCUAAGUGGUCUCAGGGGAAGCCUGAGAAACCAAGUACCCGCACGGACUCACCUGAAGAAUGAGACUGCAUCAAGGCUCUAUUUUGGUUUUAUUCCUGUGAUGAUUUUGGUUCCAGGACUCCAACAAUAAUGAUGUGCUUGUUUGUCAUAUCUUGCCACAUAGAGACAGUAUGUUUUAUCUACUAUCAUAACCAUCCGCACAAUGCUGUAGUUUGAUCUCCAAACUUGUUUGAUUCAUCAACAACUUUUUUAAUGGUUGGAAUGUUGGAUGCUCUUCAAAGCAACAAUCUUAUCAAUAUAGAAGUUGAAUCUGGGUAGCUAUACCUUGAUUUAUUUUGUCCA